AUGUAUCUUCAAAGUAUUGAAAUAGAUGGUUUUAAAUCAUAUGCAAGGCCAGCAGUUUUGGAUAAUUUUGAUAGAGAAUUUAAUGCUAUAACAGGAUUGAAUGGAUCUGGUAAAUCUAACAUAUUGGAUGCUAUCUGUUUUGUUCUUGGAAUCUCAAAUUUAACACAUGUAAGAUGCCAGAAAAUGGAUGAUUUGGUUUUUAAACAGGGACAAGCUGGUGUAACAAGAGCAACAGUUACACUUACAUUUAAUAAUUCAAAUAAAAUAACAAGUCCUAUUGGAUAUGAAAAAGAAGAUGUUAUUCGUGUUUCUAGAUCAGUUGUUGUUAAUGGUAGACCAAGUAUAUCAAUUAAUGGACAUACAUGUACAAUGGUCAAAGUUCAAGAUAUGUUUCGUAGUGUUGGUCUAAAUAUUAAUAAUCCACAUUUUCUUAUAAUGCAAGGAAGAAUUGCUAAAGUAUUAAAUAUGAAACCUAAAGAAUUACUUGGUAUGGUUGAAGAAGCAGCUGGUACAACUUUAUAUGAAUUAAAAAAAGAAAAUGCUAAUAAACAGCUUUCAGAAAAAUUGAUUAAAAUUCAAGCGAUUGAAGAGGCAUUUGAAAAAGAUUUAAAUCCACAAGUUGAAAAAUUAAAAAAAGAUCGUGAAAAAUAUUAUAACCAUCAGAAAUUAGAGAAAAAAGCCAAAUUGACUUUUGAGAGACUUCUUGCAUUUAAAUAUUGUAAAGAUCAAAACCAAGUUGAAGAUAUUUCUAAAGAAGUAGAUAAUAGAAAUAAUGAGAUAAUGGAAUGUGAUAAUGUAGUAUUACAUAUGGAAAAACAAUUGGAAAACACCAAUAAAGAGGUCAUUGAAUUGAGAAAGCAUUUUAAUUCAGGACCAAGUGAGGAACAAAAUCAAUUAAAAGUAGAGUUUAGAAAAGUUAGUAAUGAAUUGAGUGAGAUGAUAGAUAAAAGAGAUAGAUUACAAGAGAGUGAAAGUCAUAUUUUAAAGGAAAUAAAAAAUGUGGAAGCUCAAAAUAAGAAGGAUUCUAGUGAUUUAGAAAAUUUGAAAAAAAAAUUGGAUGAUGCACGUUCUAAGGUUGGAUCAGAUGCAGAUCGAAGAUUACAAUUAGAGGAAAUCAUUAAGAUUAAUAGAGAAAAAAUUUCUAAUUUAGCUUGUGGUGUUGUAGACAACGGAGAAGGUGAAAAAGUUUCAUUAAAAGCUCUUGUUGGUGAUCUUUUAUCUAAAUUAUCUCUUGCCAAAACAGAAAAUGAUAAACUAAUUUUAGAGAAAAAAAGUCUUGAAGAUUCUGUUGGUGAUUUAGAAAAUAAAAUUAAAAAAAUGGGAGAUGAUAAUAAACGUUUGGAUAAUGAUUAUGAGAAGACUGAACAAUUAUGUCAGAAACUUAAAAAUGAAUUAGAAAAAAUUCCUUUUGACAGGGAACGUUUUUCUCAGUUGAGUGAUAAAAAGGAUGAAUUAGAUGUUAAAUAUGAUAAAGCUAAAAUGAUAUAUCAAAAUACUGAAUCAAGAAUUGGUUAUGAUAUCCAUCCUAAUGAUCCAAAAAAUUUAAUUGAUAAAAGUAAAAUUUAUGGACCUGUGGGAUAUCUUAUUGAUGUAGAUAAUGAGAAAUUUUUAAGUGCUCUUGAGGUUGCGGGUGGUGGUAAUUUUAGGAAUAUUAUUGUGGAAGAUUCAGACACAGCUUCUAGUAUUCUUAAGGCUGGUCUUCCUAGGAGAGUUUCUUUGUUACCUCUUAAAAAUUUAAAGACAAAAGUUGUUAGUUUAAAAGUACUUGAAACAGCUAAAUCAAUUGGUGGUUCUUCAAAUAUAUGGUUAGCAUUAGAUUUAAUUUCAUAUGAUCCAAAGUAUAGAAUUGCAAUGGAACAUCUUUUUGGAAAUGUUUUAGUUUGUUCAGAUGCUGAUGUUGCAAAACGUGUUUGUUUUAACAAGGAAGUUAAUGUUCGUUGUGUUACUCUUGAUGGUGACGAUUAUAAUCCAUCAGGUAUUCUUACUGGUGGUUCUUCACGUCAAGCUUCAGGAUCUAUUUUAAAAGCAACAUUGUCUGUUAAAAGUUGUAAAGAAGAAUUAAACAAAAUUGCUAAUGAUAUUAAAAAUGUUUAUACUGAAUAUAAUAAUCUUAGUAAAUAUAAAAAUAAAUAUGAGGAAUUGGAAGAUCAAUUAAGAUUUCAAACAUUUGAAUUACAAAAAAUUAAACAAGCUAUUGAAAGUUCUAAAUUAUUUUCUACUAAAAGUCAACUCGAAAAAAAUAUUAGAAGACUUAAUGAAAUUGAAGAAUUGCUUUGUGAAGGUGAAAAAAAAAUUGAAAGUAUUGAGAAACGUUAUAAAGAGGCUGAAGAAAAUGAGAGGGAUGCAAAUGGUUUUAAGGAACGUGAAAAAAAUUCUGCCAUGAAAGCUAUUGAUGAUGCUCAAAAAGAACUUGAAGUUUCAAAGCAAAAAUUUAUUAAGGCUGAAAAUAUUGUUGGUAAUUUAAAACAUGAAAUUGAAACAUAUGAAGUAAGUAUUAAGAAUGAGACAGAAAGGAUAAUUGAAAUGACAGAAAUGGCUAAAAAAUUUAAUGAUGAAUUAAAAGAAUUAGAAGAACCAAUAAUAAAUUUAACAAAUAUAAAAAAUGAAAAAGAAAAUUUACUUAAUGAAUAUAUAAAUAAUGAAAGAGAAAAGGAACGAGUAUUAAAUGAUAAGAUGGCUGAAAUAGAUGAAACAGUAAACAAUAUUGAGAAAUUAAAACUUGAACGAAAACAAAAAGAAUUAAAAUUAGAGGGAUUGAAAGAGAAUUUAAAUAAAAUUAAACAGUCUAUUUGUGAGAUUGAAGAAAAUCAUCCGUUUAUUUUAAAUUCCAAAGAACAUUUUGGUGUUGUGGGAACUAAUUUUGAUUUUACUGGAGUUACAUAUGAUAUUUUAUACAAUGAAAAUGAAAAAGCUACAAAAGAAUUUGAAGAAUCUUCAAAAAAUGUAAAUAAGAAAUGUUUACAGGCAUUGGCAUCUUUUGAAGAACAAUAUGAUAAAUUGGAGGAACGACGUGCUAGAACAAAAGAAGAUAGUGAAAAACUUAUAGAAGCAAUAGAAUUUUUAGAAAAAAAGAAAAAUGAAGCAUUACAUAAAGCAUGUAAAAAAGUUAAUAUUGAUUUCAACAAUAUUUUUUCUGAACUUUUACCAGGUACAGAAGUUAAAUUAAUUGGUGUUGAUGGGGAUGUAUUGAAUGGAUUAGAAGUUAAAAUUGCAUUUAAUGGAAAGUGGAAAAAAUCAUUAAGUGAAUUAUCAGGUGGACAGCGAUCUUUAAUUGCUUUGUCAUUAAUUUUAGCCAUGUUGAAAUUCAGUCCUGCUCCAUUGUAUAUUUUGGAUGAAGUUGAUGCUGCAUUGGAUUUAUCACAUACACAAAAUAUUGGUCAAAUGAUUAAGCGUGAAUUUAAAGAAAGUCAAUUUAUUAUUGUUUCGUUGAAAGAUGGCAUGUUUUCAAAUGCUAACAUUCUUUAUAGAACUAAAUUUGUUGAUGGAAGUUCAACUGUUAUAAGAAUGGAACCAGGAUCUUCUACUAAUUGA